AUGCCCACUCAAACCCGCCAAACCGACCUCCUCAAUAACCCCCCUACCUCUAAAACCGCUGCCGAUAACCCAUCCUCCUCCGCUCGCGACCCUCUCACCUCCAACCAAGAAGAAACUCUUUCUCCCACCACCCGCGAUGCGAGCUCUGACUCCGGACCUGAACAUCCCAGCAAAGUCACCGGCCAGUAUCACUCGGUGAAAGGAACUGUUGUGGAGAUGAUUGGGAAUACGACGGGUUCUGAGGCGUGGAGGGAGUCGGGGAGACGGGAACAUGAGCAGGGUGAGAGGGAGUUGGAGGAUGCGGAGCAGUUGUUUCCUAUUGAAUAG